AUGCCGCUGCCGAAGCGCUGCGUGGAGCCGGUGCACGUGUCGCGCGGCACCGUGCCCGAGCGGCUCGCGGUGCCGUCGGAGCUCGAGGCCGUCACCAACGGAACCCUCGCGAACACUGUCAGACAAUUGUCAUCACUAUCGAAACAUGCGGAGGAUAUGUUCGGAGAGCUGACUCGGGAGGCCACAAACCUGGCAGAGAGAACAAACAUAUUGCAGGCUAGGAUAGACCGGCUAGCGAUUAAAGUCACACAAUUGGAUUCCGGCGUCGAAGAAGUGUCGCUACAAGACAUCCAGAUGCGCAAGGCGUUCCGCUCGACGAGAACGUUCCAGCAGCAGUUGUUCUCGCGCGGCUCGAUGCCGUCGGCGAUGCUCGCGACGUACGCGCGUUGCGACCGCCCACCGCCGUUGGAGCGGCUCAACGAAUUCCGCGACGACGGACGCGACGCAAGGAAGUUCUACACCGACCCCGAUUACUUCUUCGAACUAUGGCGCCGUGAGAUGCUUCAGGAUACUGAACGCAUACAACACGACAGGGGAAAGAAGGUGCGGCAGGUGCGCAGCGGCGGCGCAGACGGUCGCAGUGCGCGGCGCGUGCGGGCGCCGCACUCGACGCGCGAACGCCACAAGGCGGAGGCUGUGACGCGCGGCGAGCACAUCAUGGCGCCCAGCCAGCUGCGCCACUACAACAUCGACGCGCACACGCGCCCCACCACGCUCUACCACGCUACCAACGUCACAGAUGGAGGUUACAGAGCGCCUCAGAAUCGGCCACCCACAUCACAACCAGCAAGACCCAACUCCAUAGAGAUCGAGAAUCAACAGAAUAGACAGCCUCGACUCACAGGGAACGGACAUGUGAUGGGCGAGGAGAGUCCGUACGGUACGGCGGAGCCCAUCUACGGCGGCAGCAUGGCGGGUACGCCGCGGCGCGCGCGUCCGUCAGCGCUGCCACCGCCGCCGCCGCCGCCCGAGGCCGGUUCGCCGCCGCCCAUGCUCAACGGCGCCUCGCCGCCCCACCGCACGGCGCUCGACGCACACCUCGACCAGAUGCAUGCCGUCAUUGGCAUGAUGUCGACGGAGGAGUGCACGCAGCCGCCGCCACCGCCGCUGGCGCCGCCCGCGCCCAGCGCCGCGCCCGCGCCCGCGCCGCCGCCGGCGCCGGCGGGUGCGGGGGGAGCGGAGGGCGGCGCGGCGGGUGCCGAGCGACCGCGCGCGCCGUCGCCCGGCGCGCUGGCGCGCGGCGCUUCCGCGCUCAAGCCGCCGCGGCCCACCGCCGAGCCGCCGCACCACGACCCGCGCUCCGACCUGCUCAAGGCCAUCCGCGACGGCAUAAAACUGCGCAAAGUCGAGAAGCGUUGCGACGAAAACACCGGGCGCUACGACACGCUUCGUGGCGCGCCCGCUUUCCUCGACGUGGCUUCGAUUCUCGCCCGUCGAGUGGCCGUGGAACUGAGCGACACGAGCUCUGGCGCUGACUCGGACUCCGACGACUCCGACCAGUGGACGGAGUCGCGAGCGUGA